AUGUCGAACAAACGCAAAUCCAACACAAAAGAUGAAUCAUCUGAUUCUUCCCUUUCAGAUCUCGAGGAGCCUGUUGUAACCAAAAAACCUAACAAGUCAAGUGGCUCCACGAAGUCAUCACACACGACUACAUCAGGCGGAGACCAGCUAAUAGACUUAACUGGAAAAAAGUUCGCGUGUGUAAGAGAGUUCAGAGGAAAAGCGUUUGUUGAUAUAAGGGAGUACUAUGAAGAAAAAUCCAGUGGAGAGUUAAAACCUGGAAAGAAAGACUGCAGAUUUUUGAUCGUAAAUUUCUUCGACUUGUUACUCGCAUAUCGUGAAGUGAACAAAUGAGCGAUCUUGAAACUAAGGCGGUAAACCUGUUCAUUCAUCUGUAAAUUUCACCGACUGAGGUCAUUGGGACAUUUUCUAUGGAUGUCUAACUACCUCCUACUUCAACGAGCCAUGCUUUCUAGUGUAUGAAGUUGGAAAGCUAGGAAAGACAAACAAGUCAUUGGUAGUCGAUCUAAGCCGUGUUAAUAAUCCCAGACUACCAGCUUGGAGUUUGCGUAAUAUCCGCCAUCAGUGUUUGAAGACAUUGGGAGGGACAGCUCAUGAUCAUUCACAAUGGUGCUCUUCAUCUUUCUGUCGAUCUUCAAUUCCUUCAUACAUAUAUUUUCACUUCUUUUUUGAACCAUUUAAUUUUUAGUGUUUCAUUAAAAUUGCUACAUUACUUUAGUCUCUCGCUAUUCAUUUUAUUUUCAUCUCAUGCUAUUGUAAUUUGGCAACCUGAGCCAAUACAUGUGUGCCAGGCUCUAUAGUGAUGUUCGUAUGCCAAUGCAGUAGCAGAAAAUUGUAGAGAAGUGAACGUCUAUUAUUUUUUCUCCCAACACAUGCAAACUUACUGGUGAGGUUUGUUGACUGACUCUUCAAAGGGCCAAGUAUACUACCUUGCAGUUCUUUGUUUUGCUCUGUAUCUGGCUUCUAUUUCACCUUCAAAGCUUUAAAAAUUAAUGUUGUAAUCACUGUGAACAAUGUUGAAAUGAGACGCAGAGUACUAGAGAAAGAUCAUAAAUCAACUGAUAGGAUUUCAAAUUUUCACCGAAUGAGGCGGUUUGGAGACGUACUUUGCAUUCUGAACAACCAUUUAUUUCGAAAUGCAACGUUAUCUGGCGUGGUUGCAAACAGGCUAGGGCCCCCAAAUUGUAACGGUGUGAUUACACGUGACCAUAGACUGUUAGACUGAGCCAUGUUACUAGGUCCAGGCUACCUGGUUGUGCAGCCGGUGAUUAUUGGUUAGAAAUGUUGGGUAACAGCUCAAAAUCUACCACAAUUGUCUAGAUGGACUCUCCUUUAUCGUCCACAGAAUAUCGAGCUCUAAUAUACCGAUAUCUAAUCUUACCAUAACCGCAACUAUUGUUUCGACUUGUUAAACAUUCAUUUUAUGUAGUAAAUAGUAUCGUGUCACCUUACUUGUAUAACUUAAGUGACUACGCUAUGUACGGCGACUGUAAUUCAAAAUAAAAAAAACUUGUAAUACUUACCGAUACCAAUACAUUUUGUUAAAUGUUGAGUUUCUUGUUCUAUAUUUAUAACAACAAAAAAUACUUCGUACUACGAAGUGAUAGGAUUGUAGACAAGUAAGUUAAAGGAAAUACAUAUGUAGAAGUGUACAUUGGAAUAAAAACAACUAAAUUAUGUUUAACUCUAAAGAAAUGUUAUCAUCAGUACUUGUUUUGAUUCGGGUCUGAUAAUGUCUAGUGCUAUCUAUGAGGCAAGGAUAACAAACGUCGGGGGAUGAAGCACACUCACUUCCUUUUGUAUUAAUCAAAUGCGUACGCAUUAAUUAUGUGGUUAAAAUGUUUGACGAAUGUGAUUGUGUCACGUACGUAUUGACCUAUUGUAGUAAUAAAGACGAAUGGAAUAAGUGAGGCAGAUCAUGACAUAAUCUGAUCAUAAUGAAGGGUGUAUAAAACUCCUAGUUAUCUCCAAAAUUAUAGUCGGAGUUAUGAAAAAAUGAAAACCUUUCUAUGGUCAAACGUCUUAUUGAACGGUGGUAACGAGGCCAACGUUGAGAACUAUAUUAGAACUAAAACUCAAAUAAACAAUGAGUGACAUAGUAACUACAUGAAAGGUUGUCGGAAGUUUUAGCUAAACCGAGCAAGAUAUUUUGAAUACCACUGAAGACGAUUAGUGAGAACGGCAAAAUGCUCACAUCUACAUUCCUAUGGAAAACAAAAUCACUUGGUGUACAUUAAGAUGACGAACGCUGCAGCCUACUUUACGAACACUUAUGCGGUAUAGUUUACCGGUUUAAGCGUCGUUAGCACUUGGAAAGCUGACACAUAACAGAAAUGCUAGUUGUAAGCCGGCAAUGGUAAGCUAACUCCGCACAAGGAACGACUUAUGUUUAGACCUAAGAAAUGAUAAUUUCCAUACUUGGCUACAACCAAUAGAACUCUUAGUAAUUUUCUGCACUAGAAUAAACUCAACACUGUCUUUUAGCCUAUUUAACCUUUCGUUAACGUAUUAUGACUUUCGUGUCUAAUAUUUUUCUCCAGAUUUCAGCGCGAUUGUCCCAUGUUUUUAAUUUGAUGUUGGGCAAUUCAUCUUUCCCGAUAGCUGGAUAUUUCGAAAAUGGUAUAACGAGAACCUAGUUCACGUACUUCCGUAGAUCAUCGCGUUAAAACUGGGAAGAGUUUUUUAGAGUGUGAAUCCCCUAAUACAACCAAAAUGUUUCGACUU